AUUAGGUGCUUUCCCCAUGUCGUGAAUAUCGCUGUCAAGGGCGGUCUCAAGCUUCUAUCUGACCUCGACUACCUCUAUGCGCUGCGUACAGAUGUCGUUGCUGCCGCGCGCGCUAUCGUUGUUGCCCUGCGGGCUUCUGGACUGCGUCGCGAAGACCUUUCUGAAGUCAUACGUAUUGGGAACCUCGAGAAGGUGUGGCGGGAUGAGCGCGGCAAUUUUGUCGCUCUACCCGAUGUCACGCUUUUGCGCGAUGUAGAUACACGGUGGUCAUCGACUUUUCUAAUGAUCAACCGACUCCUUGUCCUCUAUGAGGCUGUCGCGCACAUCCUCGCAUCGGAGAAGUAUAAUAGCACGCUCGGGCAUCUCGCUCUCUCGGAGAAGCAGCUGGAGGCCCUCGACGACGUUCGCAAGUUCUUGGGAGCGCUGCACCUCGCGCAGCAGCUUGUAUCUUCGCAGCGGACACCCACACUAUGCCAUGUACUCCCCGUCUACGCCAAGCUCAUCAAGAUCCUCUCUGGCGUGAAGGCCGUCUGCCCCAAGAUCAGCCACGGAAUCCAGGCCUCCAUUGACAAGUUGAAGGAGUAUAUGGGCAAGGCCAAGCAUAACAGAGCCUAUGCUCUUGCUAUGAGUAUGUAA